AUGUCGAGACUCGUGGGAACCUACCUCACUGCUCUCUUCGAGCAAGCAGCCUCCAUCCCAACCCAAAAGCUAGUAUUAUACUCUACCCUACUAGGAAUAAAUUCCCAUCUAGGAUACUUUAUCCACGGCGACCAUGAUCACCUCUCUGGGUCGUUUUUCAUAGGCUUCUUCUUCUUCCCAUCCCUCAUAUUUGGCGUGUUCCACAAACAUCUUGGUAUAGCCACAGUCGAGGCACUGACCCUCACUGCAACGAUAUGGACCAGCUUUCUGGCCGGCCUCACAGCUAGUAUCAUCACCUACCGCCUCUUGUUCCACCCGCUGCGGAAGUUCCCCGGGCCGUUUGGUGCCAAAGUGACCAAAUGGUGGAGCGUGGUGAAUGCUGCAAAGACGCUACAGAACCAUGAGCUCGGUCUGGAUUUGCAUGCAAAGUAUGGUGAUUUUGUAAGGACCGGCCCCAACGAACUCUCCAUCAACUGCGAAGCCAUCGUCCCCAUUGUCGUCAAACUCGCCAAAGGCCCCUGGUACAACCUUGGAAAGCCCAAGCCCUCCACGCAGCUAACACGGGACCGUGACGUGCACCGAGCCAACCGCCGUCUCUGGGACAAAGCCUUCACCUCAGACGCCGUGAUGCAGUAUCUCCCCAAGCUGAUCAUCCGCUCCACGGAGCUCCUCGACAUCAUUGCGGCCCAGAACCCCGUCAACAUCUCUGACUACUUCAACUACUACAUGUGGGACAGCAUGGGGGAUGCCACCUUCAGCAAGUCGUUCAACAUGCUGCCGACACACGGGAAGGAGAAUGAUUACAUGCGUAUCACAAAGAAUGCGACCACGGGCUUGGCAAUCUUCGGGCAUGUGCCGUACCUGCCGCAUAUCUUGGAUCUGAUACCGGGCACGAAUAGGGACUAUAAGGGUUUUUUGAGGUGGUGUGACGAGUUGGUGAAUGAGAGGAGGGCGAGGAACCCUGAGAAAAAGGAUGUUUUUUCGUGGCUGUUGACGGCGGAUGCUAAGACGAUGGCUGGAAUUGGUAUGGCUAAUGAAGCUCGACUUGCAAUUUUGGCUGGAAGUGACACGACGGCUACAACACUCACAAACAUAUGUUUCCAUCUUGCCGACAACCAGGACCAGCUCAAGAUACUCCGGGAAGAGAUUGAUGCUCUCUACUCAUCCUACCAAGAUGACGAGGACAGAAUAUUCAAGGACCUCGCCAUGGGCAAGUGCGACAACACAGACCAUCUCGAAGGCGUAAUCAGCGAAGUAUUGCGAUUGCACCCAGUAUUGCCUUCAAGCCCGCAAAGGAUGGCACCUCCAGAAGGCAUAAUGAUCAAUGACACAUUUGUGCCCGGAAACACCGCCAUCUACGCCCCCAUGCACACAAUCUUUAGAGAUCCUCGAAACUUUGAGAGACCAAAGGAGUUUCUUCCGGAGAGAUGGUACAAGACAUCAAAGUAUCCACUGACACGUGAUCAGAAAGUUUUUAUCCCCUUCUGGACUGGGACAUGGAGUUGUGCCGGCAAGUCUCUGGCGAACAUGCACCUGCGGAUUGUCAUUACGAGGAUUGUGCGGCGAUUUUCGAUACAGCUGGCGCCUGGUAUGAAUGAGGAGAAGCUGAACAAAUAUGCUCAGGACUUGUUCAUUCUGUACAUGGGGGAUGUCAACCUAAUCUUGAAGGAACGGAAUAUGUGA